AUGAUCGGAACUACACUUGAAGCUAGGCCGUUGCACAGCUCAAGCGCUCCCACAGAAGAAAUUAAUACUCUCCUGUCACCUGCUUCAAGCGAACUUCCGCGAAAUGUCAACCUCACUACUCUUCAUCCUCCACAACGAACAACCAAAGAUCCUCCCAUCAUCGACAGAAUAUUCUCUUUCAUUAAUUUCUAUUAUUUCUUCACAUCUGCUGGCUGCUCCCACCGUGCUCCAUAA